CUCGUAUUAUUAAUUGAAGCUGGUGGUACAGAAAAUUUCUUUCAUCAAAUACCAGCAAUGGCUGCUUAUUUUCAAUCAACAGCAUCAAAUUGGGGUUACAGUUCAGAACCACAAAAGAAUGCAUGUUUUGGUAUGCCCAAAAAUAAAUGCCUUUUACCACGAGGUAAAGUAUUAGGUGGCACCAGUUCAAUAAACUAUAUGAUUUAUAAUCGUGGUAAUAAAAAAGAUUUUGAUCGAUGGGCUCAAUUGGGUAAUCCUGGUUGGUCGUAUGCUGAAGUUUUACCAUAUUUUAAAAAAUCUGAAAAAGCAUAUUUAAGAGGUGGUCUUGAAGAUCAAGGAUAUCAUAAUUAUUCAGGAAAUUUAAAUGUGGAAUAUAGUAAUUUUAAGACAAACAUGGUACAUGCAUUUGUUAAAGCAAGUAAAGAAAUUGGUCAUCCAGAAGUCGAUUACAACGGUGAAUCACAAUUGGGUGUUUCAUAUGUUCAAACAACAACACAUGAAGGUAGAAGAGCAAGUGCAGCGAAAACGUUUAUAAACCCGAUCCGAAAUAGGAAAAAUUUACAUAUUUUGAAUUUUAGUAAAGUUACUAGAAUAAUAAUUGAUCCGGAUUCAAAAGUUGCAACUGGAGUAGAAUUUGUAAACAAUAAAAAGCGUUUUGCUGUUAAAGUUCGAAAAGAAGUUAUUUUAUCAGCUGGUACAUUUAAUUCACCUCAAAUAUUAAUGUUAUCUGGUAUAGGACCAUCAGAUAACUUAAACGCGAUCGGUGUUCCAAUAAUAAAAGACCUCCCAGUCGGAAAAAUUAUGUAUGAUCAUAUGAGUCAUUUUGGACCAACAUUUAUACUUAAUAGUACGGGUAAUACUGUAAGAACUGGUGAUUUAGGUAUAGAUGAAAUUGAAAAUUAUUUACAUAAACGACCGUCAUCUCUCUCCUUAAUAGGUGGUGUUGAAGCAUUAGUUUUCUCAAAAAUACCGAAUUCCUCACAACCGGCUGAUGUUCCUGAUAUUGAAUACAUUUUUGUUGCAGGCAGUUUCGCAUCUGAUGAAGGCACUGGCCUAAAACGUGGGGCUAAUCUUAAAACAAAAAUUUAUAAUAAAGUUUGGAAACCUUUAGUUGAUAUGAAAGAAGAUCAUUGUUCUGUUUUAAUUAUGGAUUUUCAUCCAAAAUCAAAAGGACGUCUUUGGUUACAUAAUCGUGAUCCAUUUGAACCACCAAAAAUUGAUCCAAAAUAUUUUUCAAAUCCUGAAGAUAUUGAACAUCUUUUAUAUGGUGUUAAAGAAACUAUUCGUAUUUUUCAAGCACCAGCAUUUCAAAAAUUAGGUGCACGUUUAUUAGAUACUCCUAUUCCUGGUUGUGAAAAUUAUAAUUUCGGUUCUGAUGAUUAUUGGCGUUGUUCAAUUAAAACAGUAUCACUUACAUUACAUCAUCAAGUGGCAACAUGUAAAAUGGGACCAGAAAGUGAUCCAACAACUGUUGUUAAUCAUGAAUUAAAAGUACAUGGAAUAAGAGGAUUACGAGUUGCUGAUACUAGUAUAGUACCAGAACCACCAACUGCACAUACAAAUGCUAUGUCAUUUAUGAUUGGUGAAAAAGCUGCCGAUAUGAUAAAAGCUGAAUGGAAACAGUGAUAUUAAAUUAUUUAUAAAAAUACGAUAUAGGAUUAAUGUUUUAGUUCAUAGAAAAAAAUAU